UUUCUGGCGAUGAUUAUGAUAUUUGUCAUUACAAUUAAGCUACGGCCCCAGUCAUUGACUAUUGGAACCAUGAAGUUUUUUUCAUGGAUAUUUUUUAUUCAAGUUUUAGAAUUAGCAAACGGUAGUUUUAAAGUUGACACACAAGAUUUGAGAAUUCUUGUUGGUGAUAAUAAGUCAUUUCAUUUAUAUUUGACACAUAAACUACCAGCUCAAGUAAAGGUAACUUUGAAUGUUCAACAUUCAUAUUUACUUGAGAUAGAACCUGCAGCAUUCAAUGUCACGACGAAUGAAGAAAAUUUGCAUUGGAAUAUCAGUGUAGCAGGAUUUUCACCCGGUGCUUCUGUGAUCAGUACUAACGUCACACCCAAUAUUACAGAUUUUUCUACAGCUUUUGUGAGAGUAACAAUAGAGAGAUCAAGAACUUUGUAUUACUUGAGCAAGGUCGUCGGGUGGGUUUAUUUUGUAGCAUGGAGCUUUUGUUUUUAUCCCCAAAUUUACGAUAAUUACAGACGAAAAAGUGUAGUAGGUUUGAGUGUUGAUUUGUUUGCACUCAAUAUUGUGGGAUAUCUCACGUAUGCUCUAUUCAACUGUGGACUUUAUUGGAUACCAGAAGUUGAAUCGGAAUAUUAUCGCCGGUAUCCGAGAGGGUUGAACCCAGUACAGAGCAAUGAUAUAUUCUUUGCAGUUCAUGGUUUUUUGGCAUCAGCCGUCACUCUUGUGCAAUGUAGAAUUUAUAAAGCUGGCGCGCAAAAAGUAUCGAUGAUCGCCGGAAUACUUAUUGGAUUAUUUACGAUAUCUACUGUGAUUUCAAUUAUUUUAGGGAUUUUUAAAAUAAUUGUAUGGCUAGAUUUUUUUUAUUUCUGCAGCUACAUUAAGUUAUUUAUUACAUUAAUAAAAUAUAUGCCACAAGCAUUUACUAAUUAUAAAAGAAAAUCCACUGUUGGCUACAGCAUUGGUACUGUGAUCUUGGAUCUUACUGGUGGAAUACUUUCGAUGCUCCAAAUGAUCUUGGAUUCUUAUAAUUAUGAUGAUUGGGAUAGUAUUUUUGGAGACUUCACGAAAUUCGGACUUGGUAUUUUUUCAAUUGCAUUUGACGUACUUUUUAUUUUGCAACAUUAUGUAUUUUACAGGCAUGAGCCCGAUCUGUCGAAAUCAAAUUCAUUUAUAAAUGUCUUGACAUAAAGAUUUUUCAUGGACACACCGUUAAACUAUUAAAGGAAAGACAGAGGGAGAGAAAGAGAAAAUCAGUGCUAAUACUCAUACACGGAAAAAUAGUUUAAGCCUUUGUGAUCUUAUUUGUUCCUGAUAUUAAAAAUUUAAUUAAAUUUAUUAUUAUAAAUAUUGAA